GAGUAAUUUGCCCCGGCGCGCACGGAGUUUACCUUACCAGCGGAUAUUUUCACAGGUGUACAGCGGUCGUGCGUUCAUCAUGAGGUGUCUCCUACUGACUGCACUCCUAAUUGCCGCAGCCGAUCGCGCUCAGGGCAAUAGUUUUACGAUAACUGAUCAAGUGUACUUCGACAUCAUGAUCGGCGACAAUCCAGCUGGUCGAAUAGUCAUUGGAUUAUUCGGUGAAGAUGCUCCAAAGACUGUUAAAAAUUUUGUGACAUUGGCCACCGAAGGUAUCAAAGGCAGAACAUACGCUGGAUCGAAUUUUCAUAGAGUCAUCAAAAAGUUCAUGAUUCAAGGAGGUGACAUUGAAAAAGGGGACGGUACUGGAUCCAUUAGUAUCUACGGGAAAUAUUUCGACGAUGAAAACUUUGAAAUUAAUCACACGGGUCCUGGGUUCAUUAGCAUGGCGAAUGCUGGUAAAAAUACGAAUGGCUGUCAGUUUUUCAUAACAACAAUUGCAACCCCAUGGCUGGACGGUCAGCACACAGUUUUCGGAAAGGUUGUAGAGGGGCUAGAUGUAAUUUUCAAGAUUGAGCAAACCAAAACGGAUGUACAUGAUAAGCCUAUUACACCAGUUUAUAUACUUGAGAGCGGAACAAUUUCGACACCCUCGACAUUUGUCGUUUCCGACGAUCCUUAUGAUUUAUGGGCAUGGCUGAAAGCAACUGCAAUACCUUUAAGUUUUAGCUUCUCAGUUCUUGGUUUUUUCCAUUGGAUGCUGAAGCAAUUGGAUGUUUGAAUGACAAUAUGAUUUAUUAUUAAUUAAAACCGUAAGUAUAUGUUUAAGCUUAAUUGUGAAUUAAAAAUAUGCACACCCAUUGUAUACAAAAUAUAUCAAAAUGUUAAUAAAAAA